AUGACGGCGGCGAUGAAACUGGACGGAGGCGGAUCGGUGGCGGAGAGAGACGCCCGGAUGGCUCAUUGUGCGAUGGCAUUCGUACAGCUGUUUAAUGGAGGAUACCAUGUGAUUACAAAAGUAGCACUAAACGUUGGAGUCAACCAGCUAGUCUUCUGCGUAUGCCGUGAUCUUAUUGCUCUCUCUAUCCUCGCCCCUCUCGCUUACCUCCGCGAAAGAAAGAUCAGAACUCCAAUGAGUAGAAGCCUUCUUUUGUCAUUCUUCUUUCUGGGCUUAGCGGGGAUAUUUGGAAACCAAUUGCUGUUUCUUAUCGGUCUUACAUACACAAACCCUACUUAUGCUGCUGCUAUUCAACCAUCAAUCCCCGUCUUCACCUUUCUCUUGGCUGUAAUGAUGGGUACAGAAAGAGUGAAUUUGUUGAGAAUAGAAGGUCAAGCUAAGGUCGGAGGAACACUUGUGUGUGUUAUGGGUGCCAUAUCUAUGGUUUUAUUUCGAGGUCCAGCUUUGCUAGGAGAUAAAGAUGCAGACUUUUCAAUGAACCAUGAAAUCAACGCUAAAGGUCAACCAGAGCCUACUGGGUGGUUAGUCUCUGUCUUUAUCGUUCUUGGGUUUGAGCUAUGGCACAUUGGUGUUUUGUGCUUGAUUGGUAACUGCAUGUGUAUGGCUGCUUUUCUUGCCAUUCAGGCGCCAGUUUUGAAGAAGUAUCCGGCAAAUCUUUCUGUUACUGCAUUAUCAUACUUCUUCGGUACAGUACUAAUGGUCACAACAGCUUUCUUUAUGGUGAAUGAACCAUUAGAUUGGAGACUAACACAAUCUGAAGUCCUUGCAGUUAUAUAUGCCGGAGUUAUCGCGUCAGCACUGAACUAUGGACUCUUGACUUGGUCCAACAAGAUCAUUGGUCCCGCCUUGGUUGCUCUCUACAAUCCUCUCCAGCCUGCUGCAUCAGCUUUCCUGUCAAGAAUCUUUCUCGGUAGCCCUAUUUAUCUCGGAAGCAUUGUGGGUGGAUUCUUCAUCAUCUUAGGACUCUAUAUGGUCACUUGGGCAUCAUUCAGAGAGCGAAAAACAGCAGUUUCGGAGAUUGGGAUGGUGUCUCUUGGUGCAAGAACCUCAGAGCCUCUGAUAUAUAAUGGAACAGUUAGCAGAAUAGGACAGUUGUUAUCUGGGUUACCCAGUUCCUCUGUGAAAUCUACAGACUAAAAAGAAUCCAUAUAAAGUUAAGAAUCAGAGAGCAGAACUCAUUUCACAUAAAGCUUUUAACUUUCUGUUACUUUCAUAUGUUACUAAUAUUUUUUUUUCUUAUUAAUCACAGAUUCACUGUUUACUCC